GUUCCUUAUUCCCACGUGAGAGUGAGUUUGUCUGUUUCUCUGUAGAGCCGCAGGAGGUUGAGGAGGGAGAGGGGGAAGGCUGUGCUGUGGCUCGCCCCGGAGCGAAGAAGGCUAUCAGCCCUCCUUCCCUGAUAUGGCCUCCGUGACUUCAGACCCACAGCAAAGGCACGUGUACCAGCCAGCAGAGUGAAGCUGAAGUGUGGAUGGUGUCUGUUCUCACUUAAGACUGACGCUGAGUGUGAUGAAUUCCGACCAACUCCUGGUCUGUCCCUACGACCGCAGCCACCAGAUCCGAAGCAGUCGCUUUCCUUACCACCUGGUGAAGUGUCGGGAAAAUCACCCUGAACUGGCAAACAUGAUUCGGGUCUGCCCCUUUAAUGCCAGGCACCGAAUUCCUCAACCUGAAUUUCAGCGCCAUCUCCUCCACUGUGAGGAUGGCAAGUUGGCAGCAGAGAGUGGCACGCAGAGCAUUGAAUUCACUGUCCCAGCUGACUUUUUGAACUCCACACCACAAGCCAGUAACCGAGCGAGACAUUGCUGCUUGGAGAGCUGGGAUGAUGAAGAGGAUGAAGCCUCAUCCCCUUUCGUCUUCGGUCAGAGUAAGUUUCUCAACGGUAAGAAGAUGUCGGGAAGAUGACCAGAAUGUACCUCCCCUGAGUGACCGUCGCAAGGCCUGAAACGUUAGAGAUAUGUUUUUAAGGAAAUUCCACGUUUUUGAUAACUGAUUUCAUUUUUGUAAAUGAGGGUUUUUAAAAGUUUUUACUUGUCCUUUUUUUUUUAGAAAGGACUUUGUGGUGGUUACAGAUUGUUUUUCUUCCUGUAUGCAAGCAUGGUCUCUGAAGUAGGCCUUGAACCCCCUACCUCAUCUCUUCUGAUGAAAUUCAGGGGGGAAGCAGUCGGACAUGUAGUGGUUCAAACGUUCUCUGAACUGUGUAAUUUCUCACGAUCUAGAUCAACAAAUCUUUGUGGGAAGCAUUGACAUUGUUACUUCAUGGUGUACCAUGCUGUGUUGACUGUAUGUCUGAUGUCCUUGUAUGUCAUAUUUUUGAUUUUUACUUUGUAAAUCUUCACCUUGCCCUGUUUUUUUUUGUCCA